AUGAAUCAACAAGGACCAAAGAGUGCAUCAGAACAAACCACGAAUCGCGCAUGUGAUCACUGUCGCAAUCAUAAAGUUCGCUGCCUACCGAACCCCUCUGGCCCAUCGAAAAUAUGCCAAAGAUGCGCGAGAACGGACCGAGAAUGCGUCUACACGGCGCCCCAGAAAAGAAAGCAGAGGAAGCGGACCGACACUCGAGUCGCGGAACUGGAGCGGGAGGUGCAAGCCAUGCGCUCAUUGUUCGACCGGAAAACCAACAGUGAAAGUCCCGGGACCGCGCAGACAUCCAACAGGUCUGAAGCUCGCAACACCGGGAAUGGAUUUCAUCAAGUAAGGACGAACAAUUCUGCUCCUUCGUCGAAUGGACCUCCGAGUGAGACCCCCGCGUCGUGGAUGGAGGAGUACAGCGAAGCGUACCCGCGAGAAUGGAGCCCUCCCCCGUUCAACCUGGACUCGGAUGUCGUUGAUCGAGGCAUUGUCUCGAUGGAUGAUGCCAAUCGAUUGUUUCAGUCAUACAACGAGGAUCUCGUGCCUCACUAUCCUGGCGUGAUAUUCCCGGCCGAGCUCACAGCUGACGAGCUUCGGAAGACGAAACCGACACUCUUCUUGUCGGUCAUCGCUGCGGCGGCAGCAAAAACAGACUCUCAUCUCUACAGUAUCCUCAAUAGCGAGGUUCUGUCGGCGUACGCUCAUCGGACGGUCAUUCGGGGCGAGAAGAAUAUGGAACUCGUUCAGGCUAUGAUUGUCACUUCCAUCUGGUACUUUCCCCCUGGCAAAUUCGCUCAGCUGAAAUUUUAUGAGUACAUUCAUAUGGCGACAACUAUGGCGCUGGAUAUUGGACUUGGGAAGAAUCCGAAAUCUUCGAGACUUCGGAGAGGCAUUGGUCUGGAGUCAGAAGGCAUGACGACAGAACCUCUCGACGAGAAAGAGAUGGAGAAGAGAAAGACUUUCUUGGUUUGCUAUCUUAUUUCAACAGGAGUUUCAAUGAGCAUGCGAAGACCAAACAUGCUUCGGUGGAAUAGCUGGAUUGGUGACUGUCUUGAGACCCUGGAACGAAAUAGCCAAGCUUCUAAAUGGGACCAUCUUCUCGCCGCCUGGGUGCGGAUCUUAAAGAUCACAGAAGAGGUUGGCGCAACAUUCGCGUUUGACGACUGUAGCAAUAUGGCAGAUUUGUCUGAGCCUCGAGUACAGCUUACUAUGACGGGCCUGCAAAAAGUGGCAGAAGCAUGGAAGAGAAAUCUCCCCUGUGAAGUGUUCGAUAAUGACGCAUUGAGAUUACAAUAUUAUCAUACUCAAUUGUAUAUUCACGAGAUUGCUUUACACGAUGAUCAUCCUCCGGAAGACUUCCAACCCCCUUUCUCAAUCACAAAGGUCCUAUCAAUUCACACUGAUCCUCGAGCUUCGAAUUCCUAUAUUGAUGCUAUAUCCAUCAGCAUUGCCUCUGCUCAGGCUGUCGUUGACAUUCUUCUUAAUAUGGAUGUCGAAGCACUGCGAGCACUGCCAGUUUACAACUAUGUCCGGAUGUCAUACGCGCUCAUCACUCUCAUCAAACUUUAUGUAUCCUCAAAGUCUCCUCAAAGCAAAAUUGGAGCAGUUCUCGACCCUGCGAGUCUCAAAGUCGGCAUCUAUCUCAAAUCUACAAUUGACAAAUUGAUCAAGGCUGUGGGUCCAAGGGAGUGUCGAGCACCGUUCACAUUUCUAGGAAUGCUCAUGAGACUUCAUGGCUGGUACAAGAGUCAAGAAAAAGAGCAAUACUUCUCAAUCCCAGUCGUCCCAAAACAAGAAGACGAAUGCUGGCUGCCACCCGUACCGCGAAUUCAAUGGGACCCUGAUGCAAAAAAACCUCUACAUGGGAAGGAUAUCCCGUUCGGACCGAAGCAUCCGGGAUGGCAACCGUACAGCAUUCCGUCCGAAGAACUUGAGAAUCUGGACUUUGGUGAGAGGCCAGAUGUGGGAGACGAGAAUCAAAUGAGUUUUGAUCCCGAAGUCUUGAAUAAUUUUCAAUACGAGAGUUUGGGAGAUGUUGAUCAGUUUCUGAUGAUUGGCAGUGGACAUGGUUAUAUUCCUGGCGAUGACAACUGGUAUUUGACCGAGGACGCGCUCCCAAGCGCGAGUGUCAAUAACCCUUACCCCAAUCCGUUUGGGUGGGUGCAGAAUGGGUCGAUACAUAAUUCGUCAUGA